AUGUCGGACUCGACACCAAUCCCCAUCAUCUCUCUCCGCAGUGGCGGCAGCGACGGUAAAGCUCUGGGCCCCCGAAUUCUGGACGCGGUCGUCAUGACGGGCUUCUUCUACCUUGGCGACCACGGCAUCAGCCAGGAUGAGAUCGAUUUGCUCUUCGAUCAAAGCGCACGAUUCUUCCUCGACGAGUCCGAACAAGAACGUCUGCAAUUCCAAGAUCGCGCAAACAACACAGGCUACACGGCGAUCAGAUCGGAGCGGCUGGAUACGGACAGUAAGGCGGGGGGCGAUCUUAAAGAAUCCUUUUAUCUCGCGGGUCUAGCCAGGGCCAAAGGAGGUUCGUCACCCGCAGAAGAGCGGUAUCAACCACCUUCACAGCUUUUGCCGCCUACCUUGUCGAAGCACAAAGAGGCGCUUGCCACGUUCAUCGAGAAAUGCAAAGGCAUCUGCGAUACGGUCCUGGCCGGAUUUGCAGAAGCGAUUGAUCUGCCUCCGCGGUACUUUGUCGACUCCCAUCAUGGACAGCACGAUCGACUACGGCUCAUCCACUAUCCGCCCACGCCUGUAACGAAGGAAGAUGCUGCGACGGCAAGCAUUCGUGCAGGUUCUCAUUCAGACUAUGGCUCGUGCACGCUGCUCUUCCAGAAGGACGUCGGUGGCUUGCAGGUCGAGAUGAAGCCAGGUCAGUGGAUCGACAUUCCGCCCCAAAAGGGAUGCAUCGUGGUCAAUGUGGGAGAUGCAAUGGAGUUCUGGAGCGCGGGGCUGUUCCGCUCGACUCAGCAUCGAGUAGUGCUGCCUCGCAGCGAGAGUGAGAGCGGUUCUCGCUUCUCGGUCGCGUACUUUUGUCAGCCCGACGAAGACGCUCGUCUGGUUCCGUUGACGAUCUCGGAAGCGGUUCGCGAAAAGUGUCAAGGCAACCUGAUGGAAAGGGAAGAGUUUCACAAGAGGUGUGUUGCCAAGGGCGUCUCGAACGUCGCUGAGCUCACGGGCGGCGAACACUUACGUGCCCGUCUAAGUGCAAGCUAUUCGUAG